UCUUGCUGUAAAUGUAAACAAAUCAUAUAGUUAUAACAACUUUUAUAAAUAUAGUUUCGUGCUUGUUUCUUUUAUUUAAAUUAAUUGCUGAGGUAUCGCACAGAAAGUAUAUUUACGAAACUUUCUAACAAUAGCAAUGGAUAUCACUUCUAAAUUACAAUCAAUUUGUAUGAAUGAAGUGCUCGUUGUCUACAGUAACAAAAAAUAAAAUAUUUCUUACAAUGAAACAUGAACAUGAUUUAACUUCGGAAUUUACAAUGGAACAGAUGCCGGAAUUGACAGUCUCCUCUGAGAUAUAUACAGAGUAUGACUAUAGAACCAAAAUCACGCCCAGCAUUGAAGGCAAUGUGAUAUCAGAGUUUCCAUUUUCGCUUGUGAAAAACAAUGAAGUAAAAUAUGACGAUGAUAAUGACUUGGAUAUUGAGAGGCCUGAAAGAUAUUCUAUAAAGAUUGAGCAUAGUGCGCAAACAAAAAUAGCAUUAGUAGGUCUUCAAGUAUGGCGCGGUGCUUUUUUGCUUGGUGACCUGCUCAUACACCUGGGGACCGCUGGUCAGCUGGAUGGCAGGACAGUGCUGGAGCUGGGAGCCGGCACGGGUCUCACCAGCUUCGUAGCCGCCAUGUACGCCAAGAAGGUUUUAUGCACAGAUAUAAAUCUUGGCGGCAUAUUGGAACUUAUAAAAUUAAAUUCGAAAUAUAAUUCGAAGCUGAUUAAAUCAGAGUUUCAAGUGAUGCCUCUCGACUUCAAGGAGAUCGACUGGAGCGAACAAAUGACCAGGGAAAUAAACGACGUAGAUAUAGCUGUCGCUGCUGAUGUUAUCUACGACGACGACGUGACUGCAGCGUUCGUAUCGACGAUACAAAAGAUACUAAACUCCAAACCGCCGAAGACAUUAUAUGUUGUUCUGGAGAAACGCUACGUUUUUACCAUAGAACACAUGGAUUCCGUGGCGCCAUGUUACGAGACAUUCCUCACUUUGUUGGACAAAGUAAAGACAGACAACGCCCAUUCCACAUGGACUGUUCAGCAACUGCCACUUGACUUCCCGAAGUAUUUUACGUAUGACAGAGUAAAAGAGUUAGUUUUAUGGAAAAUUUCCUCGAAACCCAAUAAGACAUGACG